AUGUGCAUUGGAUCCCUGAUGGAGAUUUGCCUCAAUCUGAUGAAUGCGCAGUUUAAAAGUUUAGUAUCUAGUGACUUCUUUGUUCGCCUGCCUGCUGACACCGUGCUGACUUUACUGCGAAACGAUAGUCUGCCAGUCGACUCUGAGGAGGACGUUUUUAUGGCCAUUUCAAGUUGGGUGGGUUCUGGCGGUAAAGAGGCCGAUAACGAGAGGCUGAGUGUGCACGCUCCAGAGAUGUUAAAGGAGGUUCGUUGGAGUCAGACGACUCUCCAAUUCCGCAAUCGUCUAGUGGAUAGUCAUCCACUGUUUCAGGAAAGCAACAGCUGCCUGUAAGUACAUGCUGUUCCCGUUCGUCAUUUAUUUCUAAUGAAAGUCGCUUUAUGACUCAGGUGGAGCGGUGGAUGACUUACGCAGACAGGGUCAAGACUCCGUGUCCCUUCAACCGACGUUGGAGACCGCAUCCGACGAUCUUCGUAUUUGGAAGGGGCAAAGGUCGGGACAGGUGGUCUGUCCUGCGUUUCGAUUCGCGGCUGGAAAAUGAAGAAAGGGUUGCUGACAUGGGGAAGCGUGAAUAUGGCUCCUGCAGUGUCGUGGGUGGUGAGUUGCCUAACAGUUGCGCACGCCCGCUUCUGCGCACCUGCCUUGUUUUCCUCUUUUUCGAAUUUGACCAUUUGGUGCCUGUUUUGGGAGAAUUUUAACACACACACGCACACAGGCUCCUGCCAGUACCGAUGCCAUCGCCGCACAAUUCAUCGAACUGCAGUAAUAAUUGGGGGUUUUGAGGUCUUGGUGUUGCCUACUUGCCCCCGUGGAAUUCCAUAAAAAUUAGCAAACAGGAAAACUGACAAGACUGAACCUGGCAUGUCCCGACGCGUCUGUUUUUUCCGUCUUCAAUUUACCAACCGUGUCUCCACCUUGAAUGGUUUGGGUCCGUCACUGGCGGCUCCUCAACUGGGGGACUAGUCCAUCCACAUCUUUUCGUCUGACAACGAUAUUACCCCUCUUUUUGCAGUAGUUGCAUUUCCUCCCUGUCAACUGCAGUCUCUGUUUUAGUAGACCGUACACUUUAUUUUAUCGUUUAAAGUCUCCUGUCAUCCACCUCAUACAGGCACUUUAUUAACAUUUUUUUCUAACCCACACCACGGAAGAGAGCAUAUUCGUGGUUGGAGGAGACACUGAGCUAGUGAAGAACUCACCGAGCGUUGAGGAGUUUCUGGCGGAAGAACAGUGCUGGCGCAAACGGCCGCCCCUCGCUGUUGGACGCUCGUACCACGCAGCCGCUGUCGUAAGGGAAGCCGGAGGGAAGGCGCUUAUCGGUAUUUUCGGUGGACGCAGUGACCAUGGACGCCUUUCCUCUUGUGAAGUCUACGACGUCAGUCAGGAGAGGUGAGAUCACACUCGUCCUAGCGUCUCUUUGUUGCCCUUUUAUCUUACAAAAGUCUCCUGUUUUGCCUUCUCACUCGUCUCCUUGCCGUUCCCACUACAGGUGGUUCAAACUGCCCGAUAUGCGAGAGAAGAGGAGCGCCACAGCUGCAGCCUCCCUGCCGGGCGACAACCGAGUCUUCGUUUUUGGCGGUCGGAAUGACUCCUGCUGGCUGCCUUCCAUGGAGUUCUGUCAUUUGCAAUCAGACUGGCUAGAGAGCGCGGCCUCAGCCAGCACGGAGGACUUCUGGCAGCCAGCCGCACCCAUGAGAACUGCACGAUCGGCGCUGGCAGCGACGCACUUUCGGGGCAAAAUCAUUGUCGCCGGGGGAUAUGAUGGUGAGAAAGAUCUGGACGUGGUGGAGAUGUUCUCACCACCGGACGCCAGGUGUCCCCAGGGCCAAUGGACAGUGCUGGCCGGCAUGAAGGAGACCCGCUGGUCAUUCACGCUUGUCCCCUCCACCGACGCCGUAUAUGUUUUCGGUAAUGAUGCCUCCUCCUGCUCCUCCUUUGUUCUACACUGA